AUGAUAAGGGCUGAAUUAUUAAUCUAUUUUCCAACCAAAUUGUACUUCUCGGGAGAGAAAGUGGUCGGAUAUGUCGAGUUAAGGCUUCCAUCACAGAUGGGCAUUUACGGAAUUAAAAUAGAUGUGUUUGGUCGAGAGUAUUACACGACCAAUUUACAACAAGCACUAAAAACAAACACGAAUACUCGAAUUACUCGUAUAUUUUAUGAACAUUCGACAAAACUUGAAGGUAGAGGAAGCACCAAGAAAGAGGCACGAGAAUUCUUUGGCUUGUUCAAAAAGCAAGUCAACACUAUUCUCCCUGCUGGUGUUUACAAGUACGAUUUCGAAAUUCAAUUACCAGACUUUAUUCCACCCACCUAUCAUACCAAUCAAUCUGCUCUCACUGGAAGCAAGAGCAAUUAUGGAAUGCCAGCCAUUGACUAUGAAUUAAGAUGCACUUGCAUGAAUUCAGAUAAGAGCGUUGGAGAUUUGAUAUCCUCUGCUGCAAUUCCUGUAGGGGGCUCUUUGAUGACUCCCUCUUUGAUGGGUUCUAAUUCCAUUCCUUUCACUGACACAAAAGUGAAGACGUUCUUGUUUGCCAAUGGCCAAAUUAACACCACACUUCAAAUGCCAUCACGGGUAUUCCUUACAGGUGAUUAUUUGCAGGGCCAAUUAACACUCGAAAAUACUUCUCAAAAAACUGUAUCGGACUGUACAAUAAGUUUCAUUCAGAGAGUUGACUGUUUAAAGCCUGGUCAAAAGGUUCCCCUCAAAAGUGACGUUUAUGUGAUCAAAAAGAUUGUGAUUGGAGAAUUGAAGGCAAAAGAAAAGAAGGCUUUAAAUUUAAAUCAACAAACUGGUGUCAAAGUUCCAGACUUUUGUGUUGAAAGUAUUUUCCCUCAUCAAAAGAUGGGUACCCUUGUCAAUGUUGUAUACUUUAUCAAAGUCACGGGAAAACUCUCGUUGGCGACUGAUCUGGAUUAUGAGUGCAUGAUUUAUGUUGCAAAUAGAAUGAGACAUAUGGCUUAUUUCCAACAAGUUCAAACAAUAACUCAACCAUUCAUGACUGCCGCUUCACCCUCUCAACACUCUGUAAAUGUACCUCAAACCAACCAAUUUGUUUCUCCUUACUACCAACAACCAUCUCAGUAUGGUGGUGUGGUGAGCCAUGAACAACCACAAAUUGCAAUCCAACAAUAUCAACCUUUUGUACCUGAACAGCAGCAAGCAAUGCAUAGAUCUCAGUCCUUCAAUGAUCAAAUGAAGCAAUCUGCGGAAGAAUAUCCUCAAACGCCACUGGAUGGUUCAGCACCACCUGAACAAGAAGCAACAGAGUAUUUCGAAUAUCAAGAUGAUCAACAAAAUAUGAGUUUAUAUCCAACCAUUGAAAGAUAUCACUUACCACCAAUACCACUCACUGCUUACGAAACAGAAGCAAGACGACAAUUGGAUCGUGAACAUCAGCAGCAAACUAAUUCGCAGCAAAAUGUCAACAAUGACAUGAACGCAGUGAAUUAUCCAAGUUACUAA